CACGCUUGUUCAGUUUAAUUACGGGUUGAAAUUUAUUUCAAAUAAAAUGCCGAAGAAAUUGAAAGUUGUAGUGAAGUCUUUGUACUCGCACGAGAUUCGAAAGGAUGUGAGCCUCGAGAAUCUGAAGUCUCUCAAGCUAGAGGAUGCCUGGCCAUUUAUUAGAGAAGAAAUUGAAACAGAAAUCGGUAGCAGCCAAUUAGUUUGUAUUCCGCACAUCACGGAAGCAGACCUCUACAAAUGUACCUCUCUAUUCGUUCCUAACGGAAAGAAACUAACGGUAAAAUGUUCACGCCUCUGGGAGAAUUGAGCAAGAAUCUUAAUAAGGCAAAAUCUAAUAGCGAUUAUGUGAAAUGGCUGGAACAGGGCAAUUUUCAAGAGGAGGGCUUCAAAUUUCCGCAUGAAAGCGUGAAGAUCACACUGCAAGAUGAAACCAUCAAGAACAAAGUGCGAGUGAUCAUGGUCAACUUUGCUCGCUCCAGUGUCCCUAAGGACAAGCACCUUGAGAACAACAUCUAUCUUGACAUGAAUAACAAAGAUCUGAAGGGCAAGAAGUCUGUGUACAUGAUCACGAGCGUGCUGAUGGCGAAGACGAUCGAGUUCCGCGUGACCCGCCAGACCUCCUCGCGCAUCUUCCACCUCGGCAACUGUUCGCCGCUGGUCUUCGGCCUCGAGGAGUUCCUCAUCAACGAUGAUGGGAAGCUCGUCAAGAAGGUACCAGUGACCAUCAAGUCCAAAGCUCUGCGCUGGAAGAAGGUGGAUUCCUCGGACCAUCUGUACCUCGUGGGCAAGGACGAAGCCUGCAGUGCUUAGGUGUUGCACCGUUUAGUAGAAAUGCUUCGAGCGAAAUCGAUGAGCUCGCCAUGAAAUAUACUUGCCGCCACAUGAGAUUGCGGAUGUAGCAUGUUAAGGUAAAAUACCGUUUAUACGAAAAAAAAUUAUUUUUUUUAUAGGCGCGA